UUUUUUUUUAUUACUGCUAUUUUUUUUAAUUGUGGUGAAUAAUUAUAGGGUACUGUGCGUAUGUUGUUCUUGAAGAAGAUCAAGGCUGCAUUUAUGCAUCCUCAGUUCAACACAGAUGUCUUGAAGCCACUUCAGACUGAAGCCAUUAUCGAUAACGAAGUCACCAACUUGUCAGGAGGAGAAUUGCAGCGUGUUGCCAUUUGCUUGGCCCUUGGUGCCCCCGCUGAUAUUUAUUUGAUUGACGAGCCCUCUGCUUACUUGGAUUCGGAACAGCGUAUUAUUGCUGCUAAGGUCAUUAAGCGCUUUAUUCUCCAUGCCAAGAAGACGGCCUUCAUUGUGGAGCACGAUUUCAUUAUGGCUACAUACUUGGCAGAUCGUGUAGUUGUCUAUGAUGGUAUUCCUUCUGUUGAGGCAACUGCGACCUCACCUCAGAGCUUGUUGACGGGUAUGAACAAGUUCUUGUCUUCGCUCCAGAUCACAUUCCGCAGAGAUCCUACUAAUUACCGCCCAAGAAUCAACAAAUCAGAAUCCGUGAAGGAUAAGGAACAGAAGGCCUCAGGAAAUUUCUUCUUCUUGGAGGACUAAAAAAGAAAGAGUGUACAGAUUUUAGUAUUUCAGGACUAGUAUGACAUACUAGUACUAGUACUAGAGUUGAGUACUAAAGUUGGAAAAAUUUAUUGAUUUUAGUACUCCUGCGUACUAAUGUUGGAGAAUUUAGUAUAUACUUCAGUGCGUGGCUGAUUUUUUUGUCACUCUUUAGAUGCAUGUCACGGGAAAGAUGUCUAGCAAACAUACAAAUCCCUUUCCACAAUUGCAAAGUGUUCACAAACCCUACCUGUUGUCGAAUUCUUCACACAUAAACAAAUUGUAUAUACAAACUAACUGAGGACGGUAUUAACCGAACUAUUUAUACUUGCUAUAAUGAUCAGAACCAAGUAAACGUCCGAACAGACCUAUCCAAAAACGAGGGAGCUUGUCGCUCUCCUUC